GUAAGACCAUACCAAUAUGUCAUCUCCCAAAGUGAUCAUCAUCUCAUCUGAGGAUGAAAGGUUCCCAGUCGACCCUAAGGUGGCUGAAAAAUCUGUUUUAAUCAAGAACAUGAUCAACGAUUUGAAUCCAGACGGAUUAACCGAGGAUUUCGAAAUCCCUACUCCAAACGUCAGAGCCAAUGUGUUAUCCAAGGUUUUGGAAUGGUGUGAGCACCACAAGAACACCACCUUCCACGAGGAGGAAGAUGAUGACACCAAGAAAACUACCCCUGUUGAAGAAUGGGACAAAAACUUCUUGAAAGUGGAUCAAGAGAUGCUCUACGAUAUCAUUAUGGCGGCCAACUACUUGAACAUCACCCCGUUGAUGAUUUCGGGGUGUAAGGUUGUUGCUGAGAUGAUCAAGUCCAAGUCUCCAGAGGAAUUGCGUAAGACGUUCAACAUCGUCAACGAUUUCACUCCUGAGGAAGAAGCUGCUAUUAGAAGGGAGAACGAGUGGGCCGAAGACCGUUAGCUGCGCUAAUGGUUAUGAUAUACGAAAUUGAUUAAUAGUACUACUAAUAGUUACCAGUUACCAGUAUUCAGUACGAUGUAACGAAGGUAUCAAUGUAUGGAACAUCG